AUGCGGCUUCCCUACGCCCCCAACACCCCACCAAGCGAUGCCCCGGCUGAUACAGCCGAUAUCUACGCCCGCAUCGCUGAGCGUCGCAACCCCCGCCCACUGAUUCCUCUCGAUCUAUCCCUGCUGCACAGCCCACCCGUCGCCGAUGGCUGGAAUAGCUUCAUUGGUGCAAUCCGGACCCGUACCAUCGUCGACCAGGGAACCCUCGAAUUCGCCGUGUGCCGUGUCGCCGUCUUAACCGACGCAAUUUACGAAUGGAACGCUCAUGCCCCACUGGCGCUCAAGGGUGGUAUUAAACCCGAGGAGCUGCAUGCUUGCCGCACCAUCCCAUCGACUAUUGAGGGUGAUCUAUCUCAACUCGAGAGCAGCCCGCUUACACCGCAGCAACAGGCUGUUUUACGGUAUACCGACCAGAUGACUGUGACUGUCAAGGUGCAGGAUGAGGUUUUUGCACAGCUGAAGACUGUUGGAUACAAUGAUCGGGAGAUUGUGGAGCUUACGACUGGCAUUGCUGGGUAUAAUUGUGUGAGCCGAGUUUUGGUCGCUCUCGACGUGGGUGAAAACAAUGCUCGUGAGAUGAAGAGUGUUGAUCAAUUAGUUGCUGAGCUCAAGUGA